AUGCCUGGUCCAGUGUUCCCUGCCAUCGUUGGAUUUAUCAUCCUAUGGUCACUUCGUGCUAUCUAUCGAGCCUUCCUCCAUCCACUUGCUCAUUUCAAGGGCCCGCCAACCGCAGGCAUCUCAACAUGGUGGCUGUACCUUAAGAGUCGAGGGCGCAAGAUUGAACUUGAACUUAAAGGCUUCAUGAGAAAUAUGGAUGCUGUGUUCUACGCCGGAUUCAAUGCCCCACACACUGCCUUCACCGAAGAAGAUCCAAUCCUUCAUCGACAGCGUCGCAAGUUGAUCAAUCCACAGUUCUCCAAGCAAGGUAUUGCGAGCAUGCAAAGCUUGAUUGACAGCAAGGUAGACUAUGUGUUGCAAGCCAUUUCGAAGUUCGAGUCUCGAGGUGCGGUACACAUGCACAACGCAUUCAGAUGUCUGACUGUUGAUGUUAUUUCCGAAUACUCCUUCUAUACUUCAUUUGAUCUCAUGAAAGGAGUAAAGGACGAGACCUUUGAAAUGCCGUUCCUGCUCGCCUUCGAUAUAAUUGCAGACUCUGUCCUGGAUUUCCAAGCUUGGCCACUGUUCCGCAAGGCUAUCAAUCAAGUCCCGGCGACUAUGUUCAAAGCCUUGAGUCAAAAGGCUAGAGGGUGGCAUGAUCUGGUGGGGACAGUACAAAGUGCGAAAGAAAGGUACCAAAGCUCCCAAUCAUGCGGCCUUGGGUCAACUGGCAGACCGGCUAUCUUUGAUUCCUUGAAGGGGCUUCCAAGCGAGGCGAUCUCAGCUGAAGCCUUAGAUAUCAUCAUUGCUGGAUCCGACACCACGGCAAUGACGCUAGGAGUUGCACUGUAUCAAAUUCUCGCUGACUUCGAAAUUUCGAGAAGAUUGAUCGCUGAAUUGGAUGAAGCGAUCCCAGACAAAGAUACCAACACGGAUUUGAUAAUUCUGGAACAACUUCCUUACUUGACUGCUUGUGUGAAAGAGGCAUUGCGACAUGCCAUGCCUGUUCCGGGACGUCUCCCUCGAAUCGUGCCUGAGAAUGGUCCUCCUUUGAUUAUCGACAAUCAUCCAAUUCCCCCGGGCACUGUGGUUGGCAUGUCCGCGCACUCCAUCCACUUUGACGAGUCGAUCUGGGGCCCCGAUGCUCGGUCCUUCAGACCCGAAAGGUGGUUGCAUCCGGACGCGAAGCAAUUGGAUAAAUACCUGGUCACAUUCUCCAAGGGUGCCAGAGCCUGUGCAGGAAUCAACCUUGCCUACGCCGAGAUUCGCAUUGCUCUCGCGAAGUUGUUCAGACGAUUAUCGAUUUCGCUCGAUGAGUCAAUGACACCUCGAGACAUGGAGCCUAUGGACUGUUUCACAACUUGCUUCGAAGGCACUGGCGUGAGGAUUUUCAUUGAUGGGCAUCGUAAAUGA